AUUCUUUAUUUCUCUUAAGAAAAAAAGAAGAGAAAAAAAAAGAGAGAAAAAAAUUAUGAAAAACAUCAACACAAAUCGCCGCCGGCAUAUUCCGUCAAUUCCCGGACGUUUCGCUCUCUUGCCUGGAGCAACUUCUUCCACAGUUCUCAAGCUAGCUUUCGUUUCCGGCUAAACUAUUUGCCUCCAUAUUUUGAAUUUUAUUGUUCUAUUCAACCAGGAGAGCCAUGGUUUGAACAAUUCACGUUUCUACUUACAAAUUGUACUCGGCAACUUUUUUGUUAUUCAAAAUCCAGGAUCUGAUAUUCUUGCUACUGCAAGUAAACCAUCUGAAUCUCAUCAUUUGGCGGACUUUUUCCCUUUGUGAAUCUGGAUGUUGAUUCUGCUUCGUAUUCGAGAAUGAGACGAGUAUCCAUUCACUUUGAUUUGGACGGUAGCAUCGGAUUUCUGAGCUGAGUACUCUAGUUUUUUUCUUUUUUAAAGUUUCAGUUGUAAGAUUAUCAGAUCUUUGUAUAUUUCUUCGAUUAUUUUAUGUUAUGCUAUCCAAUUUAGUUCUGUUUUCUCAGUCUUGUUCUAUUAGUUCGUAUGCGUUAUUUUCUCUGCAUUUUGUGUUGGGAUCGGAAUUCAAUCCGCGUAGUAUUUUUGUAACUUUAAGAUUUUCCUAGAACUGUCUGCGCACGAAUGGCUAUAGCUCGGCUAGCUCGCCAAGCAAAACGUUCGUAUGGGUUUUGCGCGAAGUUGACGGCUGUGGUUAUUUUAGGCCUUUGCUUUAUAGUUGUUUGGUCUGUUUUUGCUUCUCCUUCCACGUCCGUGACUAUUCGGAGGGAAAGUUUCGACAAUAUUGGCGAACCCGUUACAGGAAACACGAAAGCAAGCCAUCCUGGAGCUCAAAAUGAUAAUAGGAAGAAGAUAGAUGAGGGCAAAUUGAGCAGGGAUACGAAAGAUAAAGUGAAAUCCGAUCCAGAUGGAAGAGAUACGAAAAAGGUUAACGGUUCAGAUUCCAAGUCUCCCAGUAACCAUAACCAUGCAUCUGAUAAGAAGCAUGGAGCAGCAAAAGAGAAAAAUGAGAAACAUAAAGAAAAUAAACCAGUGGUUACAAGAAAAGAGAAUCAAGGAUCAGAGGAAUCUGAUGAUGAAGAUGCAGAAAAGGGAAAUGAGGAGGAAGAACAGGAAGUGAUAGAUGGCCAAGAAGCAGAGCUAAAGGAUGAUGAAGCUGAAACAGAAGGUGAUCUGGGUGAGUCAGAUCAGGAACCUGAGGAGAGGAUUGAGCCAAAAGAUAAAGGGAAAAAAGUCAAGAGAAAAGGUCCAUUGUUUGAUCCAAAUGCUCAUUAUAGUUGGAAACUAUGCCGAGCAAGAAGUAAAUACAAUUACAUCCCUUGUAUUGACAUUGAAGCUGGAGUGGUAAGACAGCAGGGCUAUCGGCAUAGGGAAAGGAGUUGCCCUAGAGCACCUCCAAUGUGCCUUGUGCCUCUUCCUCCCAGUGGAUACAGGCCCCCGGUGCAUUGGCCGGAGAGCAAUUCAAAGAUACUUUACAAGAAUGUGGCACAUCCAAAACUUGCUGCUUUCAUUAAGAAACAUGAUUGGUUGGUGGAAGCUGGAGAGUUCCUUACAUUUCCUCAGAAUCAUUCUGAGCUCAAUGGUGGAGUUAUCCACUAUCUUGAAUCCAUUGAAGAGAUGGUACCUGAUAUUGAGUGGGGCAAGAAUAUUCACGUGAUUCUUGAAAUUGGAUGCACAUAUGCAAGUUUAGGGGCUUUCCUUCUUGAAAAAGAUGUUAUAACAUUGUCAUUGGGCUUGAAGAAUGACCUUGUGGACUUGGCUCAAGUCGCACUUGAGCGAGGGUUUCCAACAGUGGUUAGCCCUUUUGGGAGUAGGAGGCUUCCUUUUCCUAGUGGUGUUUUUGAUGCCAUUCAUUGUGGGGGAUGCAGUAGAAGUUGGCAUUCCAAUGAUGGGAAGCUUCUUCUAGAAAUGAAUAGGAUUUUAAGGCCUGGCGGAUACUUCAUCUUGUCCAGUAAACAUGACAGCAUUGAAGAAGAAGAAGCAAUGAGUUCAUUGACGGCUUCAAUUUGUUGGAACAUUCUGGCACAUAAAACUGAUGAAGUAAGCGAAGUGGGUGUUAAGAUAUAUCAGAAACCUGAAUCAAACGAUAUAUUUGGGCCGAGGAGAAGGAAAAAACCACCUCUGUGCAAGGAAAACGAAAACCCUGAUGCUGCCUGGUACGUGCCUAUGACAACCUGCUUACACACCAUUCCAACUUCUAUUGAACAGCGCGGAGCAGAAUGGCCUGAAGAAUGGCCCAAGAGACUUGAGGCUUUCCCUGAGUGGUUGAGCAAUGACAAAGAGAAGUUAAUUGCAGAUACUAAUCACUGGAAAGCAAUUGUUGAGAAGUCAUAUCUCAAUGGAAUAGGUAUUGACUGGUCAAAUGUGCGAAAUGUGAUGGACAUGAAAGCCAUCUAUGGGGGGUUUGCUGCUGCUGUCUCACAGCAGGAGGUUUGGGUGAUGAAUGUGAUCCCGGUCCAUGCACCGGAUACACUUCCGAUAAUUUUCGAACGUGGUCUGGUCGGCAUCUACCAUGACUGGUGCGAGUCUUUUGGUACUUAUCCACGUUCAUACGACCUUCUUCACGCCGAUCAUUUGUUCUCAAGGCUUAAGAACAGAUGCAAGGAGCCUGUGGCGAUUGUGGUUGAGAUGGAUCGUAUAUUACGACCCGGAGGUUGGGCAAUUAUACGUGAAAAGCUGGCAAUUAUGAAUCCAUUGGAAGAGAUACUGAAGAGUCUACAAUGGGAGAUUCGGAUGAGUUAUUCUCAUGGAGAUGAGGGAAUCCUAUGUGCACAGAAGACCUUGUGGCGGCCUUGAACAAAUUUUCAAUUGAAGCCUUUUUGUUCUAAACAUGGCCUCAAAAAUGAAACAAAUUCUACGCUCAUUUUUUACAAUGGCGGAAGAUGAAGGCAGGAUCUUUGCAAGGAAAAGAGAUAUAAUGCUCUUUCUGGUUCCUUUUCUUUUCUUCUAUAUGAAUUUGUAUCAUUUGCUACUGACUGGGAAAUGAUUUUUUCCCCUUAAAUUGUUGGGAAUUUAUAAAGAGGGUUGGAGAGGGGGAGAUUUUUAUUAUUAUGAUUUUUUGUGUUAACUACAUAUACAAGCUUAAUAUUAGGUACAUUUAUAUUGA